GCGCCUUUUGCGCUUUUUCAAGUAAAACGCUACGCCGAUGAUGACUAAUGCUUUUUCGAGCCUGUUACCUAAGAAACAAAUUAAUUCCGAUGUUUUUCUAAACGAACAUGCUGGAUGUGAUGGCUGCGUUACUAGAAUUGCAGUGUGGGAUACGGGUAUUGACCCGACAGCUGCAGGCUUACAAACUACACCUGAUGGAAAACGAAAAAUUGUGGACAUGAUUGAUGCUUCAGGUUCUGGAGAUGUAAAAAUGAAAUAUAAACGAUGUAUUAACAAGAAGCAUCGUGUCAUUGAAACACUGACCGGUCGUAAAGUAGAGAUACCGAGUCAUUGGAAUCCUCCAGAUGGCAUAAUACGAAUUGGAGUGAAGCCAGCAUCUGAACUAUUCCCAAAACUUUUGAUGCAACGAUUACGCAGCGAAAAUCGAGAUAAUUUUUGGCGACCAUGUAUCAAACGUUUAGCUGCAAAUUUAGCUUGUGAUCUGACUGAAGCUGAAGAAUAUUUAAACCAUAACCUUGUGUCAAAUCAUAACGGCAAUAAAAGUAAUUUUAGAAAAUUAGUGGAAUGGGGUUCGACUGAAUUGUCUACCGAGCCGAAACUGAUCAAUCAGAAUUUAGAUACUGUUUCGCCUCAAACAAAUUCUACUGUAAACAAACAUUCCCAACAGAAAAGUUCAUCGGAAUUUAAGCAAGAUAACUCUAACUUUUCACCGUCCACUGCAAAAGUUCAAUUGAAAAAUGCUGCUCGGUGUUUGGAAGAAAGUCUAAUACUUUUAGAUCAACAUUAUCCACCUAUGGAAAUUGUAUACGAUUGUUUUGUUUUUCAUGAUGGCAAUGAAUGGGUUGCUUGUAUAGAUACAAGUCCAUACAAUCCAAAUACAACAUUGUCCGAUUUACCAUUAUUACGAGAUUAUGCAGUUAACCAUGAAUAUGCAUCAUUCGGUGAACAAACCCAACUUUAUUAUACAGUGAAAAUUUUUGACAAUGGAAAGUUACUACAGAUUGUUACAAAUAACAGUAGUCAUGGCACUCAUGUUGCAGCGAUUGCCUCAGCGUAUUUUCCCAAUCAUUCAAAAGAUUCAUCUACUAGUAGUGGGACUGUUACUGGUUCUACCGUGUUGUGUGAUCGUGAUGGAGUUGCACCUGGUGCACAAAUCGUUAGCAUUAAAAUUUCAGACAGUCGUUUAGGUCCAAUGGAAACAGGAAUUAGUUUAUUACGUGCCAUCCGAUGGACAAUUGAACUAAAAUGUGAUAUUGUGAAUUAUAGUUUUGGUGAACAAGCAAUGUGGCCAAAUAUUGGGCGUAUCUCAAAGUAUUUGAAUCGAAUGAUUCAUAAAUAUGGUAUCAUUAUGGUUGCAAGUGGUGGGAAUAACGGACCUAGUUUGGGUUCAUUAAGUUGUCCAGGUGGUACAGUUCAAGGUGUAAUUGGUGUUGCACCCUUAGUAUUUCCUGACAUGAUGCAUUAUCUAUAUUGCCAACCAAGUGAUUCAUCAUCUAAUUACAACUGCCUAUAUAAUAAGUUUUGUGAUAAUGAUUCUCAAUCAAACUACCAAUCAGAUGAUGUGUAUUCAACUUCUCGAAAUUCUGUGAAUCAUUCUUGUCUUAGUGAAAAUGCUAAACCAACUGCUUAUAAUUGGGGUAGUCGUGGUCCAGCAUUCGACGGGGCUUUGGGUGUAUGUGUUGCUGCUCCCGGUGGUGCUAAUACGUCUAUAGCUAGUUGGCAAUUAAAGCCAGCCAGUGUUUUGAGUGGAAGUUCAAUGAGUGCGCCUAUGGUUACUGGUGGAAUUAGCCUUAUACUCUCUGGAUUGCGUCAUCGAUAUACGUGUAUUGAUAGUGAACGAUUGAAAAUUCCACCAUCACUUAUUUAUAGAUGCUUAAUGACUACUUCUAAGUCAUUUGAACAUUUAUCUUAUUUGGAUCAAGGUUAUGGUUUGAUGCAAGUAGAUAGAGCCUUCUGUUAUGUAGAUCGGCUCAUACAUAAAUUAUAUGAACGAAAUAAAGAAAUAACUAAUCUGUGUACAGAUUUCAAGAAUAUAAAUGGUAUUGAUCAUGUUAAUGAUGAUGAUGCUGAUCAUAUAUCUUCACCAUCAUUACAUGUUAAAAACUCGUCAAUAAAAUUAUUGCCUGUACCUGAUCCAUGUAUAAUGUAUGGUUGGCACAUUCGAUUGACUGUUUCUGGACCUGGUUGUACACUACAAAAUCGUGGAAUUUGGUUAAGACGUGGUUGGUUAUUGAGUCCACGAGCCGUGAGUAGUAUAACCCCAUUACCGUUGUUACGGUACACCGUGAGUAUGAACAUUGAAUUUGACGAGUAUGUUCCUAUUGGUAUUCGACGAAACAUGGAAUUGCAUUUAACUACUGAGGUAACUUCCGAUCUAGAUAAACUAACAAAUUGUAAUGCUUGGUUACAAAUUGCAUCAAUCAUAACUGUUACAAGUACACCAAGAGAUAUUAACUUAGUUAUCGAUCCAAAUAGAUUUAAUCAAUUGUUAUGUGAAAUAAAUGAGGAAAUUUCUCCCUCAAAUGAUGAAUGUGAUGCAACAAUAAAGAAAACACAAUAUUUAUGUAAUAAAUGUGUAGGGAUUAACAAAAACCUUUCUAAGGGACUCUUGAAUCGUCAGGAGAUAUCUUCGCUAACAGAGGAUCAAUUGAAGUCACAACUAUGCGCAGAACAACACAAUGAAUUGUCAAGUUUCGGUUGGCCAUCAAAUCUAAUUUCUUCAGUUAAACAUCCUUUGCAUUCAUUGCCUGUUAAAUCACAAAAACCAUAUGUUAUGAUGCUUAGUUUCAAAGCUAUUAAUGAUCCAGAAAUGGGCCGGUUAGCAGAUUUGCCAAUAAUUAUACAUAUGCCCCAUAGAUUACAUAGAGAUUGUUGUUCGGACCACCCACGUUUCUUGUUCUCAGAUAGAUUUGAUGCUAAAAAUAAAGUAAGGAGAUGGUUCAUUGAAGUUCCCUAUGGAGCUACUGCGGGAAUUUUACGUUUAGCACGGUUAGAUGAUGAUGGAGAUAAAUCGUGUGAAUUUACGAUUACUAUUAAUUCACCAUGUAUUGGUAUGGAUUCGGAUAGUCAAGAAAUUCGAUGGACAUUUGUUGAAUUAAAUAAAUUUGGUCCAACUAAAUCAACUUUAAAACGCAGUGAUAAAUAUGGACCAUCAUUGAGUUCAGAUGAUUUCGACUGUGCAUCACAAUUUGGAUUUCCUAUUAAAUGGGAGACAGAUUGUUUAGAAUUAACUAUAGCACAACAUUGGGGAUUAGAAAUGCCAGCUAUUGUAAUUGGUGAAUUGUAUUUUCGUGGUCUUGAACCAAGUCUUAAAAACAUUGUAUUGAAUACAAGUGAUCGUUACUGUCGUAUCGGUUUACGUUCUAAUUUUAUUAAUGAAUCAAUACAACCGGAUAUAUGGUUAACUCAUUGGUGUUUGCCUGUCAAGCCUCAUGAUUCGAAAAUUUUUUAUUUAGGUCAUGGAACAAAUGAACUGCUUCCCAACGAUUGUGGUUCGUAUGCUCUACGUUUAACAUAUCGGUUUAGUUGUCCUUUCAAAUCAGCUACAACCAUCAUUUCUUUGCCUUGGUUACAAGAUAUGCUUUAUACCAGCGAUUAUUCAAUUCAUAUAUUUCAUAUUUAUGAUAAUUGUGGCCGAUAUAUUGGUGCUGGUGAAUACGAUGGACACCGUGAACAACGUCCGAAAUAUACUUUCAAUUUACAAAAAGGUGACUAUAAAGUGAUUGCACAGAUUUGCCAUGAAAGCGGUCCAUCUUUAAAACGUGAACCAAUAAAACCAUUAUCUGUCCCCUGUUCACCAGGGAACGAAUUGUCGUAUAUUUUAAGUGAAUACAAAAAUGCUGAUUCUACCGCGAUCAAUUCCACUUGGUCACCGUUACAAUCAUUACAAAACACUCCAAUAUUAGUAAGUUUUCGUUUAACUGGAGGAAUGGAAUUAGCUAGUGGUAGAAAAGGUGGUUCUUGUUUAACUGGACAAAGUGUUGUACAAUUUGAAUUCAGCUCAUUCCCUUCAUCGCUUAAUUUGAACGGUACCAAAUUUUGUUCUGCUAUGGAUCCUUUAACAUCUGAUGCAAAACAAACUUCAAUGAUCAAUCAUAGUGUAUUAAAUAAUUAUUCAUCAAAUACAAUUACAAAUGAUCAACACACAGAUAAUAUUGAAUCAAAUCGUUUUGAAUUGGUAAAGCGAUUGCCAUGUCUUCCUAGUCGAGUAAAUGCAUGCGAAACAAUUAGUAUUUUUCUAGGUCUUACAAAUGAACGUUAUCCGACGUAUACAGUACCAGGUUCAUAUUUUUCCGGAGCGAUUGGAUUCUAUGAUUCUAAUUUAUUACAUAAUUUAGUAACUUAUCCAUUUCGUUUAGUCAUGGAUAAUUCAAACAUAUUGUCUUCAAAACCUACUUUAAUUACAACACCAACUACUACUACUUCUACUAAUAACGCUACUUCAUCACCUGUACUCCUCUCAUCUUCCAUACUAUCGUCUGAUCAUAAUAAUAUAAAAGUAAAAGAACUUCCUAGAAAGUUAUUAAUCAGCUAUAUGGGUUUAAGUAAUGAAGAUCUGGAAUGGAUCCAAUGUUUUGGUGAGUUAUUCCUCUUCAACUCUAGGUCAAUUGAACAUCAGUAUAAAAAGAAUGAAAAUUCGCUUAAUAAUAGUAAUAAUAAUAAUGGUGAUUGUAAGGAUAUAGACACAUCCCAUACAUCAAUUCAUCAAGAUCAUCACGAAGAGGAAAUGUGCCAAUUAGAAAAAUCUCAUGAAAAUAAUAAUACUUAUCAUAAUUCAUCAUCGAUUAUGUGUGAAAACUUGAUCAAUAAUGUGAAAACAGAUUUAACUGACGAGCGUAAAGGAUGGGACGCUGAUAAUAAUCCAAAUAGUUAUGUAAAUGACGUUGAACAAAAGGCGGAGGUUAAUAACUCGACGAAAUCAUCACCAAACGAAUUAGAUUCACAAUCAAAUGAUCAUAAUACUCAAGAUUCAUUGAAUUUCAUUGAACAAGAUACUAAAAUCUUGACAAUAUCCGACAAUAUUGACUUUAAUGUCAAUAAUUCAAGCAGAGAAACGGUGCGCGGUCAACAAACAUUAGAGGCAACGGCAUCAGUAAUGGUAACACCACCGAAAUCCACGACAGAACAUAAUCUCUCAAAUGAUAACAAAAAUCAAACAUCAUUCAAGGUGAACAACUAUAAUUCAGAUGAAUUCAGUGCUAUUCUUUGUAAAAUUCAUGUAGAUUUAUGUGCAUUGGAUAAACCGUUCAUAAGUACCUUUGACAAUGAUGAUGAUAAUAAUAAUAACGAUGUUAAUAUUCGUAAUGAUUGGCAUACUAAUCUAUGCAUACUUUUAAAAGAACGUUUCAAACUGUGGUAUGAUAUUGAUUGUUUAAUGAAUGGUCGAUUGAUAAAUUCCGAUGAAACAUUGAACCUGUUGAACAGAUUUUUUGAAUUCUCAUCAAUGCCAACCAUACAAAAGACGACACAAUUACAUAUUAUGGAUAAUUCAAAAGUUUCAAUUAAAUCUUCAUCAGUGCCUACGAAAGAGAAUAAUUUAUUUUAUCAUCUAUUGAAUGUUUCAUUACCAUCUAGUAAUAAUAAUAAUAAUAGUAACUCAGUGACACCUAUGAAGAAGAAUCUCAAGACCAACACUUUAGCCACUACUGAUGGUGCAUGUCUUUUUGCAAGUUCUUGUAGUAAUCUAUCAUUGAAUGGUGAAUAUACGCUAUCGUCUCCUUUAUCAUCACAAUUAGAACUUUGCAAAUCUGAUUCUUUGUGUAAUCUUCUUAGACCUGAACCUUCUGAUGGGUGUGUUGUAAGUCAAUCUAAUCAAGGAAUAGUCAAAUCUGAAAACAAGAACAAUAAUCAAAAAUCCAUGGGAAUUAAUGCUAUUGAAUUUAAAUUACGUCUUAUAGAUAUAUUAACUCGUUAUGGUCGUCUUAUUGCUGAACGUUUAAUUUGUUUAAAUUAUAUAAAUCAUCAAUUGAUUGAUACAAAUCAAUAUAAAUGGUCAUUAUAUAAUUUUAUUAAAUCAAAAAUGAUAUAUUCAAAUGAUCCAAUUGAUCAACAAUCAUUAUCUUGUCUUGAAUUAAUUCAAUAUCUUGAUCAUAUUUAUAAACGUUUAAUGAAAUUAAUUAGUCAAACAAUUUUAAAUAAUGAUUCUAUUGGAUUAAAUAUUCAAUUAGGUAAUAAUGCUUUACCUAGUUGGCUUCUUUUAUCAGUGAAUGAAAAUUUAUCAUCUAUGAAUUAUGGUUCAAUUGGUGGAAGAUUAAUUACAUUUUUUAUUUUAUAUAUGAUAAUUAAACAACAAUAUGCUGAAGCUAUUUAUUAUUUUCUUCGUUUAUUAUAUCAAAUUGACGAACCUCCUGUCGGAGCAUUAAGAGGUAUUAUUAACUGUCCAUUUCCAUCUUCGUCUACAUCUUCAUUUGGAGUCCUACGUCAAUGUCAUGCAACUUUAGAAAAUUCUUUAGAGAUAUCUAAAUCAACUCUUCCUUGGCUAACAUGGCUUCUAAAACAAAUUGAUUGGUCUGAUUUAGCCGUUUACUUAAAUCAACAAUCUCCAAUAUUAUUUCCUCAAAGAGAUUAUAGUCUAUUAGGUGUAAACAAUUAAUUGAAUCUAUUCAAUUCAUUUAUAUUUAUAUUUUAUAAAUAUAGUGUCUUUCAAAGAAGAUCAAUAUCAAAAUCCCCUUACCCCUUUUUUAUCAUUAUUAUACAAAUGAUACUUUUGAAUAGUUCUCUUGAAUGUAGCUUAGUAACAAGAUCUUGUAAGUUGUUCUGUUUGUUUCUGUUUUGUUUGUUUGUUUAUUUCUUUAUCAGUUGUUUACUUAAAUGCCUUAUUGUUUACUUGUUUACUUUUAUUCAACUAUAACUUAUCACUUAUUAUUUUGUGUGUGUAUGUGUGUGUUUGUGCUGAUUUUCAUUUCAAAUUUUAUUUAUUUUGUUAAGAAUGCCACAAAAAAAGAAGAAAACUGUACAAUAAUGAAUGAUACUUUCGUUCGUUUAUUUGUUAAUGUAAACUGAUGUAAGAUCAAUAAAGUGGAGAGACCUUUGAAUGACGUUCAGAUGACUUUGAGUAUAUCCACCCUAUUAAUUAAAACCGAAUAAAGGUUACCAUUUUCUUUGGAAAUUUCCAUAAACUUAUAAACUUUGAGCCUUUUAAGCAAUCAUUUAGUCAAAAAUAAUACAUAACGUGAUCAGUCAGUUAGCUACAACGUAGAACUAGGCACAUAUAUGCAUCGGUCUAAGUUGCCAUAUCUCAUUAGAAUUAGGAUAUACAAUUAAUGGUUAAGGUUAAGGAAUAUAUAUUAAGGGUUUUUAUCAUGAACUGAUAUAAUUUAUAAUGUCAAAAUGUUAUUUACUUAAAUGAAUAAAUAAA